AUGCAACUUUCCUUCGAGCUUUAUAGCGGCGGCUUCCUUCGACCGUCCGCUAAGUUGCCACCGUCCCUAUGUCCCAGGCGCACAGCUCAAUUAAUGCUUGAACGCUCAGUCUUAUGUGCGAGAUGUGCACCGGAUGUCGCGGAGCCGCAGCCAGAAGCUUCCGCAAGCAAUUCAAUUCACAGCGGCGAGCUUCGGACACGGCGGCGUUUGGUGCGACCACGCACCACGGUGAAAAACCCCAAAUGGCCAGCAGAGCCGGAAUCAAACGUGGCAGCGGCUGGGCAGGCAGAGCUUGAGCCAAAGCGGAGUCGUCGUUCUGCAGUGGCAUCAGCAAGCAAGUCGACGAAAAGCGAGCAGCUGGUGCAGGAAAAAGAGGCUUUUGGACCAACCAUAUUGAACGAGUCGAGUCCAUUUUACCAGCCCGCGUUGACGGACGAAGACUUGGAGCAGGACCCGCCGGGCCAUCGCUCGGGCUACGUGGCCGUCAUCGGCAAGCCCAACGCCGGCAAAUCAACGCUGAUUAACGCUCUGGUGGGGCAGAAGCUAUCCAUAGUUACAUAUAAGCCACAGACAACGCGACACCGUAUCAUGGGCAUCGCGUCCGACAAGCAUUACCAAAUGAUCCUUUUUGAUACGCCCGGUGUUAUCGAGCGCAAACGGACAAAGCUCGAGGAACGCAUGAUGGCUGCUGUCGUGCAUUCUAUCAAGGACUCUGAGGCCAUCGUCGCGGUUGUCGAUUCGGCCGACAAGCCCAAAGAAGCCUUGGCCAUGUUCCAGCCCGGCGAAAGCUGGAACGGUCCACCCAUGGCUGUGCUGCUCAACAAAGCUGACUUGCUAACCGAGGAUGAAAUACAGGAACUGAAAACCUGGUACACUGAGAACUGCAGGGCGGAGCAGGUAUUUGUCGGAUCAGCCGAGCGGCGGGAUGGGUUGGAGGCGCUGCGGGAGUGGGCGGUGUCUCGACUGCCGGAGGGCCCUACGUUGUACUCCAAGAAAAUCGUUUCGGAGCAACCUGAGAGGUUCUUCGUGGCGGAGUGCAUCCGAGAACAGGUGUUUUUGCACUGCCAACAGGAGGUGCCGUACUGCUCCCAGGUUCUGAUAAAGGAGUUCACUGAGCGGCGUGGCGGCCUCAAGGACUUCAUCAGCGCGGAGAUAGUGGUGGAGAAGGAGAGUCAGAAGGGCAUCCUGAUCGGGGCGGGGGGGGCCAUGCUGCGCCGUAUCGGUCAGGAGGCGCGGCGGGAGAUAGAGACGUUUCUGGAGCGCGGUGUGUACUUGGAGCUCUCGGUGCAGGUCGACAAGGACUGGCGGGACGACAAGGAGGCUCUGAACAAGUACGGCUACUUCAACCCCAUGAUGAUCUAA